UACUAGUCUUCCUCUCACACAUUCUUCACUCCAACAGACCAGUAGCUCUCAUCUUGCUCCUCUCUCCCCAAAGUCUUCUCUCCCAUUCUUAGAGAGAGAGAGAGGGCAAUGUACCGGCAGCUCCUGACGACGAUGCCUUCAACAAGUCAUUAUCGGCGGUGGCCGUGGUGGCGAGAGACCUGGGCUCGCCUGCUGGCUCCUCUGACCAUUUGGCUAUGUGGCAUUUUUCGUCAGCAUCCGAUAUGGGUUUUAUGGGGAUUCCCAGAUGGUGCUUGGACCGAGCUCCUCACGGUUGAUGCAAGCAAGCUCUGUUUUUGUGGAACAAGUUGAAGUCAGAGAUGAUGCUAAGAAAGGGGUCCUUCUUUAUUCCUUCUCCGAGAAACCUGACUUAAGCUCCCAAGCAAAUUGGAGUGUAUCAAACUACAUGAUUCUUACGUCCGGCAGCCGCAAGGGAUUUUCCUUGUGGUUGAACAACGGAUCAACAAUCCGUAUAACAUGUGAGGCUCCAACUAGUGCGUUAAAUCGACUGCAAGUGGUUAUGAUUAAAGGAGAGCGGACAGUCAACACAGUAUUGCCAAAAGCGACAGGUUCCCCUGAUGCCCUUGCACCCCAUGAAGCAAUAGAAGGUAAAGAGGCAGAAUACAGCAUCGAGGAAGAUGACAAGUACUACCUUGGCAUCAUCAACACGAAUCCUAGAAGCAUAAUUAUAAACAUGAGAGUGAAUGUUUCAGCUAAGAUAUAUGAUAUUUCUAAAGCUAAGAACAUGUGCUCAACACUAACGGGUUCAUGUCGGAUCAACCUUGUAUUCCCUGAUAUUCAAUAUGUCAUACUCGCCACACCUGACGAUGGGGGCGGUGAUGAUUGGUAUAUUGAGCUUUCUUUCGUGGCACGAGUGGUAACAUACAUUGCAAUUUUAGGAUUUUUAAUAAUUGUAGUAUUUCUGAUAUUGAAAUACCUUGGAGCCUGUGAUGGAGAGAGUACCACAGUAGACAUAGCAGUACCAGAAGAGCGGGAAGUAACCGAGACUGACCCUAUAAUGCCGGUGAAGCCGAGUCGGAGCGCAUAUGGAACAGGUGAAGAAGGGGAAGAUUCAGAAGCAGAUAGCAGCUGCUCGGAGGAAUUAUAUGAUGCAAAACUAUGUGUAAUUUGUUACGAUGAGCAACGCAACUGCUUUUUUGUUCCUUGUGGCCACUGUGCCACCUGCUAUGAAUGUGCAUCAAGGAUUAUGGAGGGGGAGAGCAAAGUGUGUCCAAUAUGCCGGCGGCUUAUUCACAAAUUGAAAAGAUUGUUUCACUCUUAGAGCUAAAUAAAGGAGCUAGUGAAUCUGUGAUUACCCUUGUAACGAGAUUUUAUGCCUGGAAAGAAGAAUUUUACAUUUUGUGUGGAGAAUAAGUGCCGAUACUUUCUAGUUUCUAGUGUUCAAGGUCAUGUAUCCUAACUACUACAGUUUACAACAACCCCCAAACUCUGUCGAGCAAAAUUUUGUAGCAAUCCACAAGGACUUUGUCAUGCUAGCAGCCGUUUGCCACGACUCUGGCGGCAACUACCGCAUGCAUGGCUUCAGAGUGCGCACCUGGUGAACUGAGGGAAGCACAAGCCUCCAUCCGUCGUGGUAGUCACUAAAGCCAAAGCUGUCGAUCUAGUAAUCAUCGUCAUUGAAGGAGACUCACUAGAUGUAUCACCACCAUCCAAGAUACUGUAUACCCGGAGAAUAGCACCCUUGUGAAAGACGUCGAUGUCUAGUUAAUUACUUUCAGUGUUUCAUAGCUUGUUCUGCCUGCAAAGUAAUCUGCACCAACUAAAUUGUAGGAAACAUUUCCAUUUA